AUGCAUUUGCAUUUGUUGUCAAUUGAUGAAAGCUAUGUAAACUGCAUUGAGAAAGGACCUCAUGUUCCCAUGAAGAUCUGUACCAGUAUUGGAGCUGAUGGUGAAGACAUGGUAGGCAAAAUGAUUCCCAAACCUAUCCAUGAAUUUUCUCAAGAAGACACUGAAGAAGUACACAAGAAUAAGAAAACCAUGAACCUUUUGUUUAAUGGUUUGGAUCAAGAAAUGAUUGAUAGUGUCAUCAGUUGCACAAGUGCCAAAGAAGUUUGGGACACCAUCAGGACCAUCUGUAAAAGAAAUGAGCAAGUAAGAGAAAACAAAAAGCAGUUGUUGAUUCAACAAUAUGAGUCAUUCCAUUUCAAGGCUGGUGAAAUCUCUCUUAGAAACACUCAAAAAUUUAAAGAUUAUACUCUUGAGAGAUUGUAUGGAACCUUGAAAACUUAUGAGCUUGAAAUGGAGCAAGAUGAAGAGAUAGAAAAGAGUCAAAAGGAAGGACAUUCAUCUAUGGCUCUGGUUGCAUCUCUUGACAACUCUGUCAAGGAUAAAGGAAAAUCUCAAGUUGAAGAAACUGAGAAGUUGGUCAAAGAAGAAAGCACAGAAUCAAGCAAAGGAAAAGGAAAAGCAAAAGAUACAACUGAUUCUGGUGAAGAAAAAAGAGCAUUCAUUACAAAGGAUGAUUGGGUAGCUGAGGAUGAUUCUGAUGAAGAAGAGGAGUUUGUCAAUCUUGCACUAAUGGCCAACUCCACAGAUCAAGAGGAAAGCACUGGAAAUAGUAGUCAGGCAUUUACCACUAACUUAGUUGAGUUAACUAAAGAUGAAUGCAAUGCUACUAUAAAUGAAAUAUCUACAGAAUUGUAUCAUUUGCAUGUUUCUUUAAAGUCUCACACUAAGGAAAACAGUAGAAUUAAGGAAGCUAAUACCUUUCUUAGUGACGGAAACAGUGCUUUAGAAGCUCAAUUUAUUGAGUUGGAGAAACUAAAAAUUGAGUGUCAGACAGCCAAAGAUGAGAGUAAUUCUUCUGAGACAAGUGAGAGUGUGAACAACACUCACAAUUCUAGUAGUAAGACUAAGAAGAAAUUGGAUGCUAUUGAGUCUAAAUCAGAAGAGACUAAAAAGAAAAAGGGAAAUAGGAAUGGUAAUAUUAGAGUCAAUAAGCACACUAAUUACACUCCCAAUGCUAGUGCUCCUAGGAAAACUUGCAGUAAAUGUGGUAGUGUCAAUCACUUGUCUGCUAAUUGUAAAACUGUGUUUGCUCCUAGUUCAUCCAUGCCUAUUUCAAUGCCAUCUGUUCCUCACAUGAAAUUAUCUGCUAUGAACAUGAUGCCUGGUUUAUUGCCUCACAAUCCAUACUCUCAGACUAGCAUGCCAUAUAUGUUCAAUCCAUAUUUCAAUGCUUUUAAUAUGCCUCAAUUCCAUUCAAACUUGCAUGGUAUUAACAAUGGAAACCAUAAGAAGAAUUUAUGGUACUUAGAUAGUGGAUACUCCAGGAACAUGACUGGUGAUUCUUCCCUGCUCACACAGUUUGGAGAGAAAGCUGGCCCUAGCAUUACCUUUGGAGAUGACAACAAAAGAUAUACUAUGGGAUAUGGCUUGAUAGCAAAAGAGAAUGUCAUCAUAGAUGAAGUUGCAUUGGUGUCUGGUCUUAAGCAUAAUUUUCUUAGUAUCAGCCAACUUUGUGACAAAGGAUACAAGAUCAAUUUCACUCUUGCAGCCUGUGUUGUCACCAAAGGAGAUGACAACAAUGUGUACUAA